GACAUCUUGUUAUUAGUGUCGCGUUUUGGCGAGAUAAGAGCUGAUAACGAUGCAAACUGUACAUACGAAGGUGAGAAUAAUGUAAUUAUUCAACAAGCGAGUCAUUGGUUAUUAACACAAUGGACUAAUGUGAUUAAUGGACAACCCGUGCCGUCUCCGCUUGGUUCCGCGGAUUUUCUUGUUGACGCAGAACAAAUACUGAAUACCAAAUUUAAUCAAUCUACUGUCGAAAAUACAUUGAAACCUGAGAAUUUACUCUUAACUUUUAAGUGGUUGGUAUGUUAUUAUUUAAAGAAAACAUAUCAACAUGUAAAAGAUCUCAAAUCAAACGGAAUGUCUGAUUUUGACAUAAGAAACAAUUCUCAAAUAUUGGCGCGGACUUUGUCUCUCGUAUAUGGAGAGCAUGCUCUGAUGAUGUACUUUAUCAAAUGUUUGCAAGAUCCGAAAUGGAAAGUAAAUGAACGAGAGGUACUAAUCAAAUUGUGCUCUCUGUUCGGAGCUGUAACAUUGGAAAAAAGAUUAGGAGAUUUGUAUGGCUGUGCUUACGCUUCUUCUAGUAGUAACAUAAACGUUUUUCUGCGGGAAGGAAUUAUAACAUUGUGUAGAGACUUAUUAGACAACGCGGUUGCGUUGGUUGACGUCCUGGCACCGCCAGACUUCGUUCUUAAUUCUCCUCUAGGAAUGUCCGAUGGCGAGGUAUAUAAGCACAUGAAGGAGUGGCUAUUCAGGGAUAAAGAAAACUUGGAACGUCCAUCAUGGUGGAAAGAAACACGAUCUAAAUUAUAAUAUAAAUAGAAUUUAAUUAUAGUAUAAAUAUCACGUAUAUAUAUAUAUA